CUACAGAACACGACGUUCACACACGUGUCUGGUGUCAGUCGGUACCAAGAGACGAUUCGCAACGCUCGAUUUAUUUGCUCGCAUUUCUCCCCAGUAUAAAUAUAAAUAUAAUAAUAAUUUUCACUUGCUCAACAAACUCUGGAAUUUGUUGUUAAAGUUACUGAAGAGAAAUGUGAUGUGAUUAAAAUUAAAAUUUAAAAUGGAGCGCGCGAAUAUUAGUUCAAAUUAAAAUGCCGGUUAUUUUCAACGGUGGUGGUUAAUUGACAGAUUUAUUGUGCUUAAUCAAUGGUAUUUAUACUUCCUAAUCAAAAAUGUUUUUUAUUUUUUUUAUUUCUAAUUAACUACUCAGAAGUAAGUGAGUAAUAAAUGAUAGUGCUGAUGGUGAAAAAAAAUAUGAGUUGAAACGGAAAUACAUUUUUUGUUAUCAAGUGAAUAAUAUGUGGUAAAAAUUUUAUCCGUCAUUUAUUAACUAUUGUUGUUAUUAUUUUUAGUUUAAAUGCUUGAUUGAGUGGAUGACGUUGGAGUUAAGAAUUUAAAUAUUUAAAAAGCAAAAACUUUGUGAGGUUAUGCAGCUUCAACGGACACCUAGCGUUGCCAAUUCAGAUAAUAAUAAUCAUUAUGAUAAAUUGUUAUUAAAUAAUAUUGCGUGCAAGACAAUGGGAAGUAGGACGAUUAAUUCAACGGUAUUGCAUAAUCGGAGUUUUCUUCAUGGUGAUACUGUCGUUGUCAGUGAUGAUAAGCAUAAUAACAAAAAUACAAUUGACAGUUUAGCUCUGAGGAGAGCCAGCUUACCACUCCAGUUGGUGCCAAAUGAUAUUGUUUGCAUUGAUAAUAAUACUGAUUUUAUAAGUGAUGACAAUGAUUCUUCUGUUUAUGAUUCCUCAACUUCAAUUGUUUCCCAACUGGAUUCAAAGGAGUUGGAAAGUACAAAGGACAAUGAUGUAGAAGAAAGAAUCUCAACCGAGUCUGUCGAGUCUGCAGUUGAUACUAAUACGAAUAAAGCGGACAUUGACUUUAAAGAUGAUGUACAUUACAAGGAUGGUGAUGAUUCGUGGGAAAAUAAGACUGAGACAAAGCUAGACCAUAAAUUUACAAUAACACGCCCAAAAAGAUACUGCCCAUCGUCGAAAUUUGGAUCCAACAGUAGUAAAAAAAGAUUCAUUGUUAAACCAAGAUGGAUUUUUACUCGAACUGUUUUACACUAUGUGCCUAAACAUAAACGUACUAGGAAAUUAAUAAAUAAUAUAUUGCCCAUAAGUAAAUACAAAGAUACAAACAAGGAUAAUAAUAAAAGUAUUAAUAAACAAAACAAUAAUAAUAAUAAAUACAAUUGGCCAAAACGUAAUGUGUCAUUACCAUCAAAUUUUGUUCACGUAGCAGGUGUGAGAAGAUGGUCUUGGUUAGAAAAUGUUGAUGAUAAUUCAAUGCAAAUUAUUAAUCACAAAGAGAAAUGUGCGACUCUAACGUUGAUAAACGAUAAAAGAAAGAAUAGUCUUAUAAAAAUGGGUGAUGACGAUGAAUUUAUUUGUAAGAGAAGUUCAUCGGCGGAAACUCUAGUUGGUGAAAAUAUUAAGGAACCUGAUACGAAUUUUAAUAAAAGACAAACAACGGUAUCCAUCAUUGGGAGUUCUAGGAGAAAUUCUGACGAACAUCUCGCCAAAACAAAUAACGAAUCAGCUGUUUAUUCGUCGAAACUUCAAGCAAAUACUAGUUUCUUAUGGAGUCGCAUUGCUAAAUGUUCUGGUAAUGAUAAUAAUAAUAUGAAACUGGAAAAACUUGAAAGAGUUGAGCUGUGUAAUUAUGAUGAUGACGAUGAUGAGUAUGACGAUGUCGGAUCACCUUCACCGUAUGUUCUUGAUGACACGUACGACGAUGUGGGCGUACCAGAAUUACGUGUAAAUGGAUCAGUGAAUAAUGAAGACGAACAAGUUUAUGAUGAUGUUAUGCUUGUACGUGAUCCUUUGCCAGCUAAAGUACCCACAAUUGAAAAAGAAAAUAGUGGUAGUAGUUGUAGUAGUAGUGGUAGUGGUAAUGAGCAUGACAAGAAUGCCGAUAAAGUUUCAGCGAAUAAAACGCAAGUCGUAACGGGAAGAAAUUUUAAAGAAAUUGAAAAAGAAGAAUAUGAAGAAGAACAUGAUUUGAUAUACAUGAGAAAUGAUUAUUCAACAGUUGAUGAGGAUGCUGAUGAUGAGGUUACUGUUUACGAUGAUGUAGGUGUUGUUUUAUGUGAAUCUCGCGUUAAUAGUAUUUAUGCUGGCUCCAUCAACAUUAGUCAACUAGAUCCGUCGAAAGAAUCUGAGUGGGAGGAUUUGGAUGAAAAUUCAUCUAUAAACGGAUUGUCUAAAAAUCUACGAGCGCUAUUAAGAAAUGCAUCUGAUAAUCAAAAUGCGUGGAGCAAUAAAAAGAAAUCGGGACAAAGACGUACGCGGAAAGUGCGUCGUCAAAGAUCGAAAGCAUCGCGAAAGAAUUCAGCACGCUCGACCAACCGAGUGUCUCGACCGUCCACUGUCUCUGAUACGGGCUCAGACGAUUCAAACUACGAGACACUGUAUUCAUUUGAGCCGUAUGAGUCUAAUCAAGUGGAUCCAAUUAAUAGUGGAAGUCAAUUAUUUAAUUCAUCAGACGAUAAAAGUAAUAAAAAUUUAACUGUCGACUUAACUGAUGAAUCGACGAGAGAACGAAUUAAUUUGGGUGCUCCACUAAGACCGGUACCACCGCCGCCAAGAGAAUCUAGUCUCACUGGGACAUUUGGGAAACGUAUGAAGAUGUUGAAACGUACCUGGAGUAUUACUAAAGGAAGCUUAGGACGAAUGAGAAGAAGAACUUCUGGUUCCACGGAAACAGACUCAAAUACGGAUGACUUUAAUACCAAAUCGAGUCAAGUGUUUAACUUCAAAAAACAUUUUCAACGUUCCAGUGCGGCAAUGUCAACAUUUUAUCUCGAUAACGAUAAUGCUACAAGUGUCAGAAAUAAUAACAAUAAUAAUAAUAAUAGUGCGAGUACCAGUACUAGUUGUGAUGAUAUUUAUGAAAAUAGCAAUUGGAUCAAUGCUAAUUACUCAAAACGUGAUGGAAAUGCGGUUGAUGACUACAAUAUAUUAUCGGAAGAACCGCUGUAUCAAUUUUAUGCGGCUUCGACAUUCCGUGGUGCUUUUCAGUCAGAUUCAGACAGUUAUGGUGAUGCUGAAGAUUCAUUGCCGUCAGCUUCCGAACUGGGUAAACCUGGUUGUAGGACUCUUUGGUGUCAAACGCCUCAAGUUAUUAAAAGUGGUUUACUAGAGCAACUAACAAGUGAUGAAAAAAAAUUACAAGAAGCCAAAUUUGAAAUAAUAACUUCUGAAGCAUCAUAUUUAAAUUCUUUGCGAGUAUUAGUUAAUGAGUUUCUGAUAAACCAUGAGCUGGUCUACGAAGCACUAUCAGCAACAGACCGUGAAAAAUUGUUUGGCAGUGUACCGAGUGUUUUGAUAGCAUCGGAAAGACUUUUAGCGGAAUUAGAGAGUGUGUGGCGUGCUGAUCCGAUGUUAAAAGGUCUACCGGAAGUGUUACUUAAACACGCAGAACGUUGCUCCAAAAUAUACACGGACUAUUGCUCAAAUCAAGUGAGCAUUGACUUGACGUUGAAAGAACUUCGUUCUAAGAAAUCAUCAAAAUUCGUAGAAACCGUUACUCGAAUAGAGUCCCAUCCAGCUUGUCAGAGUCUGUCGCUUCACUCAUUCCUGAUGUUACCGAUGCAACGAGUCACAAGACUGCCAUUACUCGCUGAUGCGGUGCUGUCGAAACUGUCGACGGAGCAUGAAGAACGGCUCGAUUGGGAAAAAGUUCUGUCUGUACUCGGGCGAGUCGUUACCGAGUGUAAUGAAGGUGCAAGAGUCGCAGGAAGACAAAUUGAAAUGGCUUCACUGGCUAAAAAAAUUGAGUACACGACUAAGGUACCGUCUAUUGAUUUGCGUGAUAGGUAUCUGGUACGAAGCGGCCCUGUUACACAGAUACUCGCUAAACCUGGUACUGAGUAUGUACUGACAUUUAGAAAAAAAUUUCACAAGACACCGCUUUAUCUUUUGUUGUUAACAGAUCAUUUACUUAUUGCUAAAUUAAAGUCAAAUAAUCAAGAUGAAGUAUAUUCAGUGAUUGAUUCGUGUAAAAGAAGCCUUAUUGCAUUAGAAAAAGUUCCUGAUGAUUCGCCUUUCGCUGGACGACAUGCGAUGAUUUUAACAUUACUCGACAAUUACUGCAGUCGGCAUGUCGAAUAUAUUUUGUCUUGUCAAAAUUCUACUGAAAGAGAGAGAUGGCUUGAUGCAGUGUCACCGCCGAAACCAAAUUUAGUUGGUGAAACUUUGUAUGAAACAUGGGAUUGUCCACAAGUUAUGGCUUUGUAUUCUUACACUCCAGUACAACCCGAUGAAUUAUCACUUCAACCAGGUGACGUGAUAAACGUUCUCAGAAAGAUGGCUGAUGGGUGGAACCUCGGAGAAAAACUAGUAGGUGGUGAACAAGGCUGGUUUCCAGGUAAUUAUACUAAAGAAGUUGCUUCUGAGCAUGUACGUGCUAAAAAUCUGAGACAGAGACAUCGACUUCUUGCACUCAGCGAGAGCCUUUUACAGCAGUACGCUAACCAAUCGGUUUGUAUCAAUCGAUAAUGUGAUAUAAUAUUUUUUGUUGAUUUAUUCUAAAUAUUAAAAUUAAUUGUAUAAAUUUUUUAGAGGACUAACUGAAAUUUUUUUAUGUCAAUUUUUGUUACUCCAUUAAAAUGGUGAAAAAUA